UGAUUGCUUUAACGAGCCAAUCAAACGUGGCAACCACUAGCCGCCGUAUCCACUAGCAAGUGCACUACAGCAAAUUAUUAUCAUGCGUAAAUAACCGCAUGAUUGUGAUGUACAAUGUACGCCAUAGCGAACCUCAGCAACGCCGUCAAUUAACGGCACAAACUAUCCUCUUUCCUUUUUCUCUCUUUCACUACUUUACUUACUUCGCUCCCCUCCAUCGGAAUCAAAUGGUUUAUGGUUUCAUUUUCGCCAACAGAAUAGUUACUGUUGCUAGAAACGCCGACGUUCUGGUUUUUUUGAAAAACCGUUUUGCGCUAAUGAGGAUUCAAAUCAGUCAAUCUCGAUCUUCCAUGGUCUCGUUCUAGGGUUUUGGCUUACUUAACUGAGCACAGACCUUUUCCUUAUCGUCUAUGGCAAUCAGAGGCGUCGACUUCAAGUGGUACGAUGGAUUUUUCUUAUCGAUGCUUGUGACUAGUGUAAUCAUCGUUGCAAUCAAUUGGAAGCGUUACUAUCUUUGUCCAUACCCCUUGCACAUAUGGAUCGUGGUUGAUUACACUACUGUGUUUGUUUUUCGAUUGUUAAUGUUCAUAGAUAAUGGACUAGCUGCUGGAAUGGGAUUGGAUUUUGGGUGGCAGCAGAGAUAUGCUCGUUUCUGUGGAAGAGUAGUGGUUCUUUCAAUUCUAUCUCUUCUGCUUUAUCCAUUUCUCUGGGCUUGGACAAUAAUUGGUACCUUGUGGUUCAUACAUGCAAGAAGUUGUUUGCCAGAAGAGGGUCAGAAAUGGGGUUUCUUCAUUUGGUUGCUUUCUAGCUACUCUGGACUUCUUUACCUUGCUUGCAUGUCCAUGGGAAAGUGGUUGACACGAAGACAAGCUCACCUAUUGCGUGCUCAGCAGGGAAUUCCAGUUUCAGAAUAUGGGGUUUUGGUUGACAUGAUCCGUGUACCAGAUUGGGCAUUUGAGGCUGCAGGUCAAGAGAUGAGAGGCAUUGGCCAAGAUGCUGCAGCAUACCAUCCUGGACUUUAUUUGACUGCAGCUCAGAGAGAAGCAGUGGAGGCACUCAUUCAGGAACUUCCAAAGUUUAGGUUAAAGGCUGUUCCAACUGAUUGCAGUGAAUGUCCCAUCUGCUUGGAAGAGUUUCACGUAGGGAAUGAGGUUCGUGGCUUGCCUUGUGCUCACAAUUUUCAUAUAGAAUGCAUUGAUGAGUGGCUUAGAUUGAACGUGAAAUGUCCUAGGUGUCGUUGCUCAGUCUUCCCAAACCUUGACCUUAGUGCCUUGUCCAAUCUCCGGACUACUGAUUCUGAACGGUCAUCAGCCAGUGUUGUGACAGUUAGUCGAUAUAUGAGAAGCCAGCCUUCUGGCCAGAGCUAUCUGGUGAGGCUGCAGGGUCUGCUCAGGCCGGUCCGUACGGAAAAUGCAGGAUCACCUAGUGAUCCAACAGUUAUUGCUUUGGAAUGUGCUGAGAAUGGAGGACUGUCUCCGGCAACUGGAAAUCAGACGGACAUUGAGCCAUGUGCUUCUGUUGAACGUGUGUUUGUUGGUCACUCCACUCAACCUCCCCAGUGAACCAAUUCUGAGAUUCUCACUGACAAAUUUUGCUACAUACUCUUCUAACUGCAUGCUGCAAGAAACGAAAGAAUAUUUGCUCAUGGCCGUUGUAUAAUGCUAGCAGUGGUUAAUGGUUGUAGAAAAGAUUUAUGAGUUGAUCCAUUGGCGUAUGGAGUACUGGAUAUGAGAACUGUUUAUGACACUUUCAGUUCUUCAUAAGCCAAUGGAAACUAGAUUUUCAGUUGUAUAUUGAUAUCCCAACCUCUUUUCUACUUUAA